CUGAAAUUGGGUAAGGGGAAAAAACAAAACACAAACAACUGAACAAGAGAGCCGUAACCAUGACGAUUCUUUAAAUUUCAACAUUUGCCUGGACUGUAAUGAAGCUGAAGAGGGACAAAGAAUAAGAUCUGAGUGGGAAGAAGUUUGAACAGAGUGGACUGAAUUAUACGAUUGAACGAUUAUAGCACGUACAGCACCACCAGCACUAAAGCAGAUUAAUCAAAUACUGGAAGAGAAAGAAGGUAAAGUUGUCUGUCAGUGAUCAAGGAGCUGUUAAGAAAGACAAACAGAGAAUGAGCAAAAUUCCACAAAGAAUAGCCAAGCAUACGUCAUGCAUAAAAAUGCAAAUGGCCAAUAUUAUGGAGAUAGAAAUAGACAUCAAUUCAAAGGAAAAAGAAAUGGCUCUGCUUCAAGAAAGCAGCGACUCAAAAAGUAACAUCCUGGAUGAAACCCUUGCAAGUAUUGAGAGGAAACCUGAAGAAUCUAAAAUCCUUUUUGAAAAAGUGUGUAAGGAAAUACAGGAGACCAGUGCUAUGAUUAAAACACUACUUGAAGAAAGACUGCCAUUACAAAGAGAGCUAGACAAGACUGAGGAUGCCCUGAAUCAAUAUAUGUGGUAUGGAACCAUCUUAUCCAAGCUGUCGCCUUCAGAGUGGCACAAAGCACAAGAAGAAAAGACUUUGAAAGCUGAAGAUGCCCAAAAGGAGCAGAAGUCUGAGCUUGAAACAACUACAGUUAGCAAGAAUAGUGUCAAAGUUCACACAGGUGUGGAGACUGGUUUGGUGUCCUGCCCAGAGAGAGCACUGUCUUCCAUCGUAGACCCCAUGCUGCCUUCAUGUCACAGUGACACAGUGGUCAUGGAGCCUGAUGUGGAAAGAGGCUGUGAUGAAAAUGAGGAGAAGCUGGAGCUAUACUUCUCUGAUCCCCAGCAGGUGAUGGAUCUGAUGAUGGAGCUGACGGAUCAGGUCCUGUCUCUGAUUCACAACUCCACAGAGGUGGAUAAGGUGCUGGAGGACACCAUUGAGAUCACCAUAAAUAAAAUGAAAGAUGAUGAAGAGAAGCUAACAAUGCAGGAGAAUUACAUAAAGGAGAGAAUUAAAGGAGAAGAGAAGAGAACUGCCAUGAUGAAAAUGAUGGUUCAACUCAAAGACUCAUUAAAAACAGAGGACCAUGAUAUUUUGCUGGCUGCUCUGGGUAAGAAGGUGAGAGAAGUAUAUUCCAGCUGUGCUGACAGUAACUUAACCAACCUAAGCACCCUGGAAAAGCUGUGCAGGGUUGAGCAUCGCAUGACUGUGUUGCUGCAGCAAGUUGAAAACAUACCAGAAGAAAUAGCCCAGCCAAUGUGGUGUGUCAAAGACAACGAGAGGAAGUCAAGGCUGCGGGAAGAAAAACUGAAAUUGGAGAAGGAGAAAGAGCAAGAAAAGAUAAACAAAUGUAGACAAAGAGCUCUUGGAUACUUCAAGAAAAUUUCUGGAAGAAAGCUCAUGCCCAAAAGCGAACAAGUCAAGGAGCAGAUCCCUAUUACAGAAGAGCCUAACGUUGCCGCUGUAGAGGACGACCCAUUUGCCGACUUCUUCUCUGAGGACUAAUACUGGAGAUUAAAUAUUUGUAUGUGACACUUUCCAUUAAUGCGUCUUUUGUGGCCCUGUGGAGAACAGCUGAAGAUGGAUGAGGAUGAAAGAUCAUUUAUCUGCUUUAGCGAGCUCACUUUCACCACAGGGGACUGCGCUUUCAUGGUUUCUUUUUUACAUCUCAGAUUCUUUACUUACAAUUACAGCUUGAGAGUCCUGUUACCUUCAGAAAUUCUUGGAUGUCUGUGCAGUUUGGUGGUGUAUUAGUGAUGGACAAGAUGCUGAGUCCAUGAAAAUAGUUGAUAAUUUUAUGGCAUGUUAUGGGAGCAGUUACCUCAUCGUGAAUUUGAACAAGACAGUGGAGAUGAUUGUGAAGUUUUAGACC